CAGUGGGGUCGGUUGUCGCUGGUGCUGGUUAGGCUAAGCCGCCGUCGAAAUGUGACAUGGAUGUCUUGGACGUAGUGUGUGCCCUCCUAGCCGUCGCUCUCUACUACAACACCCUCCACGCGGGCUUCGUCUACGAUGACAGGAGGGCGAUACUGACAAACGGGGACCUGCGGCCCGGCGCCCCGUGGAGCCGGCUGCUCGAGAAUGACUUUUGGGGCACGCCGUUGCGCGAGCGCGGCUCCCACGGCAGCUACCGGCCGCUCUGCGUCGCCACGUACCGGCUCAACUACCUCCUCGGUGGCCUCGAGCCCCUCGGCUACCACCUCGUCAACGUUCUCCUGCACGGCCUGUGCACCGGCCUCCUCGUCCGCAUAGCCCGGCGCCUCCUGCCCGGCCAACGACUCGCCCAAGCCGUGGCCGGUCUGCUCUUCGCCGCCCACCCCGUGCACACGGAAGCGGUGGCCGGAGUCGUGGGCCGAGCCGACCUGCUCGCCUGUCUCCUCGCCGAGGCCGCCUUCCUCGCGUACCUCGGCUACCGUGGCCCCGAGGCCCGCACCCGCCCCGCCCGGCUUCUACGUCUCGGGGCGGCCUUGGCGCUCUCGCUGCUCGCCACCCUGGCCAAGGAGACGGGCAUCGCCUCGCUGGCCCUCUGCCUCCUGUGGGAGCUGAGCCUCGGGCCACGCGGCAGGUGGCCGGCCUCGGGGUUGCUAGGGGGUAGCUUGGCCGGGUUGGCGCUGGCGCGCUUGCGGUUGUUGGCCUCGGGUAGGCCGCCCGAGUUCGCCAGCGCCGACAACCCGGUGGCCCGGCAUCCCUCGAGGCUGGCUCGGGGAUUGACGUUCCUUUACCUGCCGGCGGCGAGUCUUGGCAUGCUCCUCUGCCCGUGCACCCUGAGCUUCGACUGGUCGAUGAGCGCAGUGCCGCCCGUCGAGAGCCUCGCCGACCCCCGGAACCUGCACUCGCUGCUUCUGUACGGGACCCUAGGGGCCGCCGGACUCUGGGCUCUGCGCGCCCUCAGGCGCCAACACUCGCGGGAACAGCAGAGGCUCAAGCUGCAGCAACAGUCGCAGCACGCACCGGCCGACCAGGUGGACGCCACCCCCAAAUACCACGCCGAGUCAGCACCGGCCACGUACAGCUACAGCUGCGCGUCGAGCGUGUCGAGCUCGGAUUGCUGGGGCCCGCAGCACCAGCAUCACCAACAGCUGCUCAAGUGGAGCUCCUGGCUGGCCCAGGUCGAGCCCGAGGCGUCGCGCUGCCCGGUCUGCUCGGCCCGGCGCACCAACCACGGCCACACCGACGGCUGCCGGGCCGCCAACAACAACAACAACGGCCCCGUCGUCGACUGCCACUGUCCCAAACAGCUACGCGCCGCCCGCCAACAGGCCAACAAACUCUACCGGCCCAGGCCCUAUACCGCCACCACCUCCACUUUCUCGUCCACCUCCUUGGCCUCCACCCUCACACAAAAAUCGACUCCGGGUCGGCCGGCGGGAGUUUCGGGCGCGCAGGCGCUCCUGCAGAUCUUGGGUUUUCUGGUCCUGCCCUUCUUACCGGCGAGCAACCUCUUCUUCUACGUCGGCUUCGUCAUCGCCGAGCGCAUCCUCUACCUGCCGAGCGUGGGGGCAUGUCUGGCGGUGGGCGCCGCCGUUUCCGGCACGUACGACCUCGCCAGGCGCAAGGCCUGUCCCCGCACCGCCCGGGCCAUUCUACUGCUCACCGGGGUCUUGCUCAGCUGCAUGUCCGCGAGGACCAUCAUGCGCAACAACGACUGGCACAACGAGGAGAAUCUAUACAGAUCCGCCCUCCGGAUCAAUCCUCCGAAAGCUUACGGGAACUUGGGCAGCGUCCUCAGCGCCCAGGGCCGAGUCGAGGAGGCGGAGAUGGCCUUUGCCGAGGCGCUCCGGCAUCGGCCCAACAUGGCCGACGUCCACUACAAUCUGGGAGUGCUUCAGCAGGGCAGGAAGGAUUACGAGGAGGCGAUCCUCAGCUACAAGCGAGCGAUUCACUUCAGGCCCUCUCUGGCGCAGGCUUACGUUAACUUGGGGGCGACCCUGGUGACUCUGGGCCGGGUCGCGGAGGCGGUGCACGUGCUACGUACGGCGGCCGAUCUGGACGGCUCGGCUCUGAAGGAUCGUCGGGCGCACGAGGCGGCGCGGGUCCAGGCGCUCCUCCAGUUGGGCUCGCUCUACGCGGACGAGGGCAGGCUGCACAAGGCGCUAUUCUCGUACCAGCAGGCCCUCGACAGCCUGCCCGAGCACUACCCGCCCCAGAGCGUGUACAACCUGCUCGGGGAGACCCUGUCGCGGUUGCAGCGCUACGCAGAGGCAGAAAAGUGGUUCCAGGCGAGCCUCGCCAGCCAACCCGACCACGUGCCCGCUCACCUCACCUACGGCAAGUUGCUCGCUCGCAACCCGGAACAGACGUAA